UCCGGGAGUUGGAGGCUCUGGAGAACGCAGGGCCUGGGAGCUGGAGGUCUCCCUCGGCCCCUCCUCAGGGCCAGCUCCCAGGCAGGGAGUCCAGGGUUGGUGGCUCUCUGACUUCAGCCUCCUCUCCAGGCCUCCCCAGGACAUAAGCCUGGAAGAAUUUGACGACGAAGACCUGUCUGAGAUCACCGAUGACUGUGGCCUGGGCCUCAGCUACGACUCAGAUCACUGCGAGAAGGACAGCCUCUCCCUGGGGCGCUCGGAGCAGCCACACCCCAUCUGCUCCUUCCAGGAUGACUUCCAGGAGUUUGAGAUGAUCGAUGACAAUGAAGAGGAGGAGGAGGACGAUGAUGAGGAAGAGGAGGACGAUGAUGAGGAGGGCGAUGGGGAUGGCAAGGAGGGAGGAGGCCCUGGCUCAGAGGCACCUGCCCCAGAGCCCCUUAUCCCCUCCCCUUCCCUGGAGGAGCCCCACAAGCACCGGCCCACUACACUCCACCUGACUACACUUGGUGCCCAGGACUCCCUGAACAACAACGGAGGCUUUGCCCCAGUGCCCCCAGCCUCCUGGCAGGAGACAGCGCUGUGUUCACCCCCCAAGGAGCCCCUCAGAGCAGAGCUCCCUGGCCCCCUCCUGCCCACGGACGCGGGGCCUGGUGAGGCGCCGUCACCCGUGCGCCUGGGCUGCGACUGCGAAGGGAACCGGCCUGCGGAGCUCCCGGCGCCAGCCGGGGCUUCGCCCUCCUCGGAUCCCGGCAUUGAGGCCGACCUGAGAAGCCGCUCGAGCGGGGGCCACGGGGGACGUCGCAGCAGCCAGGAGCUGUCAUCGCCGGGCUCGGACUCGGAGGACGCUGGCGGCGCGCGCCUGGGGCGCAUGAUCUCGUCCAUCUCGGAGACGGAGCUGGAGCUGAGCAGUGACGGCGGCAGCAGCAGCAGCGGCCGCUCCUCGCACCUCACCAACUCCAUCGAGGAGGCCUCGUCGCCCGCCUCGGAGCCGGAGCCGGAGCCCCCGCGGGAACCCCCGCGCCGCCCCGCCUUCCUGCCCGUGGGCCCCGACGACACCAACAGCGAGUACGAGUCGGGGUCGGAAUCGGAGCCGGACCUCAGUGAGGACGCGGACUCGCCCUGGCUGCUCAGCAACCUGGUGACCCGCAUGAUCUCCGAGGGCUCCUCGCCCAUCCGCUGCCCUGGCCAGUGCCUGUCUCCCGCGUCGCGCCCGCCUGGGGAGCCCGCGUCACCGGCGGGCGGGGCCCCGGAGCGCUCCGAGGACCCCGAAGUGACAGCGGCGCCAGGGGGCGUGGAGUUGGUGGACAUUGAGACGUUGUGCGGGCCGCCGCCCCCAGCACCCGCAGCGCCUCGGCCCGGCCCUGCGCAGCCCGGGCCCUGCCUCUUCCUCAGCAACCCCACGCGCGACACCAUCACGCCGCUGUGGGCCACGCCCGGCCGCGCCACCCGGCCAGGCCGAGCCUGCUUUGCUACCUGCUCGGAGGAGGAGGAGGAGGAAGAGGAUGAGGAGGACGAGGACGAUGCCGAGGACAGCACAGAGCCCCCGGGGGGCAGGGGCACGGGCCCUGCGCCACCACUGGACGCCUCGCUGGUGUACGACGCCGUCAAGUACACGCUGGUGGUGGAUGAGCACACGCAGCUGGAGCUGGUGAGCCUGCGGCGCUGCGCCGGCCUCGGCAGCGACAGCGAAGAGGACAGCGGAGGCGAGGCCAGCGAGGAGGAGGCAGGGACUGCGCUGCUGGACGGUGGUCAGGGCCCUGGGGACGCCUCUCCCGACAGCCCUGACCUCACCUUCUCCAAGAAGUUCCUCAACGUCUUUGUCAACAGCACAUCUCGGUCCUCCAGCACUGAGUCCUUUGGCCUUUUCUCCUGUGUGGUCAACGGGGAGGAGCGAGAGCAGACUCACCGGGCUGUCUUCAGGUUCAUCCCUCGACAUCCGGAUGAGCUAGAGCUGGAUGUGGACGACCCUGUGCUGGUGGAGGCCGAGGAGGAUGACUUCUGGUUCCGUGGCUUCAAUAUGCGCACAGGGGAGCGUGGUGUGUUCCCCGCCUUCUACGCCCACGCAGUGCCUGGCCCCACCAAGGACCUGCUGGGGAGCAAGCGGAGCCCCUGCUGGGUGGAGCGCUUCGAUGUGCAGUUCCUGGGCUCGGUGGAGGUGCCCUGCCACCAGGGCAAUGGCAUCCUGUGUGCGGCCAUGCAGAAGAUUGCCACCGCCCGGAAACUGACUGUCCAUCUGCGUCCUCCUGCUUCCUGUGACCUCGAGAUCUCUCUUCGGGGUGUCAAGCUGAGUCUGAGUGGAGGAGGGCCUGAGUUCCAGCGCUGCAGCCACUUCUUCCAGAUGAAGAACAUCUCGUUCUGCGGCUGCCACCCCCGCAACAGCUGCUAUUUUGGCUUCAUCACCAAACACCCCCUGCUGAGUCGCUUCGCCUGCCAUGUCUUUGUCUCCCAGGAGUCCAUGAGGCCGGUGGCGCAGAGCGUGGGCCGCGCCUUCCUGGAGUACUACCAGGAGCACCUGGCCUACGCCUGCCCCACAGAGGACAUCUACCUGGAGUAGCCGCCCGCCCUCUCCGCCUCCUGUCCCAUCUGCUCUGGCACCGCCAGGGCUGGGCACGUCUCGAGAGGCCACCGUGGCUUUGGCAAAGACUGGAUGGGGCAGGGGGGACCUUACGUUCGUGGGAGUCUUCGGGCUGGGAACCCUCGUCCUCCAUCCCCAGGGCACGGCUGCGGGGGAGUAGAGCUCCCUGGGCUCCACUUUUCCUCUGACCCUUUCUCUAUCAUCCUCAUCUGUCCCUCAGCCUCCCUUUCCCCUCUUCCUCCAUGUCUCUCUGCCCAUCUUUGUGCCUGCAAACCUUGCCCUUUGCCCUUUACUUUGGGGUCAGAAUUUGGGGGGUGUGCAGGAAGGUGAGGCUCUAGGUGACGGUGAUGUCAGUCUCCAAAAUGAUCCCCUCCUGCUCCUCCCCUGUAAUUUAUAAAGGAAUUUUAAUUUUUAUAGUGAAUCUCAAGGGAUCAUCCCAUCCUUGACUACAGGGACAAAGAGAGGGACCUCCCACUCCCACCCCACGUGGAGCUCUGGGGGAAGCAGGGAGGGGUUCCCCGAAGAGCCUUGGGGAGAUGAGGGGUGGUUCUUGAUGCUCACCUGAAGCUCCCAGAUGCUGCUAGGAGGAGGGUGCCCCCUCCGGGCCCCGUUACGCCGUCAUCUGCUUUGCCGCUGCUAACACACUCCCGCAGUCCAGAGUGUAUCUGCCCCGCCUCUGCCCCACGCUGUGUACGUGGG